AUGGCGUCAGAAUCGCUCAACUCGUCCCAAGAGGACAUACAUGGGCGUCACCAACGCGCAGGUGGACACAAUACUGAGAGGAUAUCGGGAACUCCAUAUGCUGCUCAAGCUGCUGCUGGCGCGGCUGCGGCGCGUGCGUUUUUCCCGUUGGGAUACCGGGAAGGCUUCAGCCAAUGGUGGGCUCGGUUACCUGCAGCUGCUGCCGAACACAAAGUACUCUCUUAUCUGCCUUACUUGCAUCACCAGCCCCCCACCCAUCUCCAGACUGGAAAAACAGCAGAGCUCCCCGAUGGCACUACUCCGACGAGUCUUGAGAGUACAGACCCUAAUCAGCUGGGUGAAGUCACGACCAAUUCCCUUGAUGACCCCUAUGGCCCUCGCCGGUGGCGCUCAAGCAUGGUAGAAUUGAGUGGGCAAGACCGCGCGCUCAAUGAGUUCUCAGUGGAGAGGGUCGGCGAGGAAGCAGACCAACAUUUAGUCAUGCUCCACGGUUAUGGUGCCGGACUUGGAUUCUUUUAUAAAAACUUUGAACCACUGAGUCGGCUGAAGGGAUGGCAGCUCCAUGCAUUGGACAUGCUAGGCAUGGGCCGGAGUACUCGACCCGCAUUCAAAAUCAAGGCAAAGGAAAGAGAAGACGCCAUCAGGGAGGCCGAAGCUUGGUUCGUAGAUGCCCUGGAGGAAUGGCGCAUCAAACGCAAGAUUGAUCGCUUUACUUUGCUUGGACACAGUCUUGGCGGGUACAUGGCGGUUGCCUAUGCGCUCAAAUACCCUGGCCAUCUAAACAAGCUUAUCUUGGCGUCUCCAGUUGGCAUCCCGGAGGACCCAUACGCUGUUACUGCAGAUGUGGCCGAGCCUCCGGCGUCAACAAUGACCAACGAGCUUACUCAAGAUCAGCGAGAUAUUACUUCAUCUACUACCAUCCCGGAAACAGUACCAAAUACAACCGACGGUAGCUUUAUCACUGGGAGACUACCACCCCAAGGCGAUUCCGCCCCACCUCCACGACGGAACCUCCCUAAAUGGUUAUCGUAUUUGUGGGAUGCCAAUAUCUCCCCCUUCAGUCUGGUGCGAUGGGCUGGUCCUUUAGGCCCACGUCUCGUGUCCGGAUGGACUUCUCGUCGAUUCUCCCACCUACCAGCCGAGGAAGCUAAGGCACUCCACGACUAUUCAUACUCGAUCUUCAGUCUUCGUGGCAGUGGUGAGUAUGCGCUAGCAUACAUUCUUGCCCCCGGCGCUUUCGCUCGCAGUCCUCUGAUCCACCGUGUCCACAGCCUCGGGAGACAAUUGAUCCAAGACACAAGUGCUCUCCCUCAUCCCAUUGCUGCCGCCACCACUUCGUCAACGCCCUUUGAGAAUACGCCAUCAUCUACAGCAGCUCCUUCAUCUGACUCUAUGGCACCCCCUCGGCGCGAGAAGGGUUUUCCCGUGGUAUUCAUGUAUGGUGACCAUGACUGGAUGGAUGUCUCAGGUGGUCAUGCUGCUGCUGCUAAAUUGGACCAAGAAAAGCGCAAAGUUCUAGAAAAGGCCACUCCAGAGGAGAAGCGUACCGACGAAGGUUCCUCUAAAGUGGUCGUUGUGAAGAAGGCUGGUCAUCAUUUGUAUCUUGAUGGCUGGGAGGAGUUCAACAGUGUCGUGCUCGCCGAGAUGGAAGAAGUCAAUCAGAGGGAGAGAAGCCGACAGUCAUGA